AUGUCCGGAGGGGGGGCGGGGGGUGGGGGGGCGUGUAGGUGGGUGGCGUGGCGGUGGGGCUGCACGGGUAGGGACAGGGGGGGGCGCGGGGGGGGGCGGGGUGGGAGGGGGAGGGGGGGGGGGGUGGGUAAAUUUCGGGGGGGGCUGGGUCCUGCCACACUUGGGCGGGUGGCGGGGGGAGGUGUUGAGCGGGGAGAGAGGGAGGGGCAGUGGGGCGGGGGGUCGGGCUGUCGCGGGGUGCGCGGACGCCCGGGCGGGGGGCGGGGGCACGGGGACCGCGGGGGAGAGGGGUCAGGGGGGGGCGGUGCCGGGGGGGGCCGAGAAGGGGGCGGAGGCGGUGUGGCCGAGGGACGGAGGUGGGCGCUGAUGGGGGGCUGCCCCCCCACGGUGGGCUACGGUGAGGCGGGGGGGGGGCGGGGGUGGGCGCCGGGGUCGGACGGGGAGGGGGGUGGGGGGGGUGGGGUGGUGGUUUGGGGGGAGUGGUGGGGUGGGGAGCGGGGGGGGGGAGAGGUGGGGGGGGCGAGUGGGAUGUGUGGGAGGGGGGGGGGGGGGGGGGGCGGGGGGUUGGUUUGGGGGGGGGGGGGGGGGGGGGGGGAGGGAGGUGGGGGGGAGGGGGGGGGGGGGGUGGGGGGGUGGGGGGGUUGGGGGGUGGGGGGGGGGGGGGUGGGGGGGGGGGGGGACGGGGGGGAGGGGGGGGUGGGGUGUGGGGGGGGGGGGGCUGCGGGGGUGGUGGGGAGGGGGGGGGGGGAGGGGGGGGGUGGGGGUGGGGGGGGGGGGGUGGUGGGCGGGGGGGGGGGGGCUGCCGCGUGGGGGGGUGGUGGGGGCGGGGGGGGUGGGGGAUGGGGGGGGGGCGGGGUGCGGGGGGAGGUGAGGGGGGUGGGGGGGAUGGGGGUGGGGUGGGGUGGGGGGAGGGGGUGGGGGGGGGGGGAGGGGGGGGUGGGGGUGGGGAGGGGGGGGGGGGGGGGGGGGGGGGUGGGGCGGGGAGGGGGGAGGGGGGGGGUGAGGUGGGGGAGGGGCGUGGGUGGAGGGGUAAGGGGAGGGGGGCGGAGGGGGGAGGGGGGGGUCGUGGGGGGGGGGGGGGGGGGUGGGGGGGGGGGGUGGGUGGUGGGAGUGGGGGGGGGGUGGGGGGGGUGGGGGGGGUGGUUAGGGGGGGUGGGGUGGGGGGGGGGGGGGGGGGGGGGGGGGGGGUGGGGGUGGGUUUGUGGGGGUGGGGGUGGGGGGGUGGGGGGGGGGUGGCGAGGGGCGGGGGGGGGGGCAGGAGGGGGGGGGGGUGGGGGGGGGGGGGGCAGGGUGGGUGGGAGGGUAGCAGUUGGGUUGGAGGGUGUGGGGGGGGGGGGUGGGGGGGUGGGGGGGUGGGGGAGGGAGGGGGGGGGGUGGGGGGGGGGGUGGUGGGGUGAGGAUCGGGGGCGUGAGGGCGGGGGGGGGGGGGGAGGGGGGGGAUCGUGUUUGGGGGGGAGGGGAAAGCGGAAGGGGGAGGGCGCGGGUUGUGGGGGGGGUGGGAGUUCGAACUGUGUUUGUGGGUUGUGGGGGUUUCGUGAGGGGGGUUGGUGGGUAGAGUCCACCUCAGGAGGGGUGGGGGGGAGAGGGGCGCGGGCGGGAGGGUGGGUGAGGCCCGAGGGGGGGGGGGAAGGGGAGAUGGGGGGAUUGUGGUGUUUGGGGUUGUGUAUGGGGGGUUGGGGGGGUGGGUGUUUGGUGGGGUGGGUUAUUUGGGUUUGGUUGGUUGGGGGGUUGGGGGUGGGGUUGGGAGUGUGGGGUUGGGUGUUUGGGGUUUUUUUUGCAGUUUUUUUCGGUGUUUUUGGUGUUGUUUUGUGUUGUGAUUGUGUGGUUAUGGUGGUUGGUGGUGGGGGAUGUUGUUUUCGGUUGAGGGGGGGGUGGGUUGGGUGGUGGGGGGGGCGGUGGUGGGGGGGGGGUUGGGGGGGGGGAUGGGAGGGGGGGGGGUAUGUGGGGGGAGGGUGGGGGGGGGGGGGUGCGGGGGGGGGGGGGGUUUGUGGGGGGGGGGGGGGGGGGGCUGGGGAGGGGGGGGGGGGGGGGGGAGGGGGUGGUGGAGUGAUGGGGGGGGGGGGGCGGGGGGGGCGGGCGGUUGGUGGGAGUGGGGUGGGGGGGGGGGGGGGGGGAAUGGGGGGGGGGGUGUGGGGGGUGGGUGGGGGGAGGCGGGGGGUGGGUAGGUUGGGGGGGGGUGUUGGGGGGGUGGAGUUGGGUGGGUGGGGGGGGGUAGGGGGGGUGGUUGGGUGGUGGGGAGCGUGGAUUUUGGGGGGGUGGGUGUGCGGCGGUGGUGGAGUGGUGUUUGUUUGGGUUUGUUUGUUGGGGUGUGGUUGUGGGUUUGGGUGUUGGGGUGGGGGGUGUGUUGGGUGGGGUGGGGUGGAGAGGGGUGUGUCGGGGCGGGCGUGGGCGGGGGCGGGGGGCGCUCGAGUGGGAGGGUGGGGGGGUGGUGGGGGGGGGGGGUAG